GCAGCGACAACAGUGUCUAUCUGGUACCUACAUGUGUCUGUGGUUUACAAAAUGAGGCUCAUAACUACAGUAGGCGUUCUUAUUCUGUGUGCCAUACACAACAUCUCAUGUGAUGACGAUGUAACUCUAGUAGAAGUGGAGCAAGGUCAACUUCGAGGCCAGGUACUGGAUGCCGUCGUUGGAGACUUUCAGUACUUCAGCUUCAAGGGUAUCCCCUACGCCAAGCCUCCUGUUGGGAAACUCAGAUUCAAGGAUCCAGAAUAUCUAGAUUCAUGGGAAGGAGUAUUGGACGCCACGGAACAUGGAAGCGUCUGUCCACAAUUCAACCCAAUAACUGCAGUGUACACCUCCGGCAGUGAAGACUGUCUUUUCCUCAACGUCUAUACCCCAAACGUCGCACCCGACACCCUUCUCCCAGUGGUCGUAUUCAUCCACGGUGGAGCCUACAUCUUUGGGUCCGGCAACACAGACUUGUACAGACCAGACUACCUACUUGCCAAUGAUGUGGUAGUAGUGACUAUCAAUUAUAGAUUAGGCGUUUUGGGAUUCCUGUCCCUAGGCAAUGAAGAUGUACCUGGUAAUGCUGCACUAAAGGAUCAAGUCACUGCCUUGAAAUGGGUGCAAAGGAAUAUCAAAAAGUUCGGAGGAGACCCGAAUAGCGUCACUAUUGUAGGAGACACUGCUGGUGGAGCAUCAGUCACCCUCCACAUGUUGUCCCCUAUGUCGAAAGGACUGUUCCACAAAGCUAUUGCAAUGAGCGGUUCUGCAACUUGUGAUUUUGGUCUUACUUAUAAACAUGAAGAAAAAGCAAAAAUUUUCGGUAAAGCGCUUAACUGUGAAAAUGUUGAUAAUAGUACAGCACUUCUCGAUUGCCUUCAGGCCGCUGAUUAUGAUGCUUUCUAUUCUAUCACUCCCACGGUUCUAGCUUCAGAAGAGAUAACAGAUGUCCUCUUCAAAAUGGAACACUUUACACCAGUUAUAGAAAAGAAAACUGGAAACAACUUCCUUACUGAAAACUACUACAGCGCAUUGACGAAAGGACACGUGAACAAGGAUGUGGACUUCAUAAUUGGAUACAGCAGUCAAGAGGCGGUACUCCUUAUCGACCUUUACAACGCUUCUUACGUAGAUUUGUACAACAGAUACAGGGAACUGUUCACCCCCAGCGAAAUACUCACUAAGAGUACUCCAGACACUAAUUUAGAAGUUGCUGAGAAUGUGAAGAAGUUCUACUUCGGUGAGAAACCUGUUAAAGUUGAAAACUUGGACUUGUUCGUGAAAUAUUCGAGUAGCGCUAGUAUAGGUUACCAUGCCCAGAGGUACGCCAACAAAUGGGCCAAUUUCGGUAAGAAAACUUACUUCUACAUAUUCGACGGCUUUACAAAGUGGAAUUUCUUCGGACAACAAGGUGCCAAAUAUGGGAUCAAGAAAGCCAGCCAUUUUGACAUCACUUACUAUAUGUUCUGGCCUGAAUCACUGAACUGGUCCAUCGAUACCGACAGCGUCGAAUACCAAGUGACGAAAAGACUAACUACGGCGGUCACAAACUUCGCAAAGUCAAGUGAUCCAAGUGUGGAUGGUGUGACAUGGCCAGAGUACAGCGCCUCAAACAAAGCUUACGUGACCUUCGGUAACGAUGGCCUCGAGGUGGGUUAUGGACCUGAUGAAGAUGACUACAACUUCUGGGAAGGAGUGUACAAGCGAGCUGGGAUACCAUUUUAAUUCUUAAACUUAAAAAAAAACUGGUUAUUUAUAAAGACUACAAUUGCAAUAAAAUAACCUUGUAUCUGUUUCGCGUAGUACAGCUCAUAAACCGUUAUUAUUUUUUUAGAACCUUAUAUUAACCUUAUAUUUUUGAACAUUUUACUUGUCGUCGUAUCUUGUGUACCGACGUUUUGUAUUCACAACACAAUAUUAAAAAG